ACAACAGGAAAUAAAUAAACGCGAACAACAGUCGAUGAAUUUCUCAAAUUCAAAUUGUGAUAAAACAGUGCCUUAAACCUUUUUCCUCAUUUAUUUAAUUUUCAUAUUAAUCUUAAUACUGUAAUUGAUGAUUUUGGUGUAAAUUCAUCUAAUGAAAUGUCAGAUAUAUUAGACACUUGUUCUUCUUCCGUUAGUGCCAAUUAUAUGAUAUCUGCAAAGGAUGCUUCAUCAUCGAUGGGUGUUGUUGCACCAGAAAAUUCAAAAUCUAAUGAAAACUUGCAAGAUGAAACUUCAAACGUGUUUUCUUCUUCCUCUUCGAUAAAUUCUAUUAAUAUAAUAACUGACGACAAUAACUCAUUGGCCACGAAGAAAGAAAACUCAGCACCUGAGACAUCUUCAAAAUGUUGUUAUACUGUCUUAAAGACUGUAAAAUUUGAUGAUUUAACUGUUGAAAUCAUUCAUAAACAUAAGAAUGAAGAAGAAAAAAAAACUUACGAAUCAAAAGCAAUGAAUGAAGAUAAUGCGAGUGAAACGUCAACCUUAGAAGAGGAAAAUGAAGUUCCUGAUUCAGAUGCAAAUGACCACGACGACGGUAGUGAUGCUUCGACUAUAGCACUUGAUGAUGAUGAAAGAAUUGAGGUUAAAUUGAAAUCCACUUUAAAUCUUGAUGAGAAUGCUUCGUGCUCAACUGAAACUCCUUUGGAGAAAAUGGCAAAAGAACAAGAGAAUUAUGAAGGAGCUGUUGGCUUAUGGGGAAAGGAUUAUCAGCUUUCCUGCUUCAAGUUCGGUUCUGAAAAUCAUCAAUUCAAUUUUGCAAUGUCCCAGAAAGUUGAAGUUCAAAGAUCAGCAAUUUAUAACGACAAUCCAGCUAUGUUUGCAGCUUUAAAUUUACUUGCUCAAACAGAUAAAAACAAAAGAACUUGGACAGGAGCUCCAAUUAAAACACCUCAACAAGGAUUAAUAUUCACAAAAGAAAUCUCUGAUUGCUCGGUUUGUAAUCGCCAAUUAGAUAUUGGAAGAGGAAUCGCCCUAAAAGGUUGUUUACACGUUUUUUGUCGUCUUUGUUUGGUUCAUUCGGUCGAAAAUAAGAAAGACGUUCUCAUGAAGUGUCCAACGAAGCGGGUUGCAUGUCAAAGUGAAGUUCGUGACGAUGAAAUCAAAGAACUGUUGACUCAAGAAGCUUAUGAAAAAUAUACAAAUGACACUCUCAAUAAAAUUGGAAUCUCAGAUCUAGCCUCAGCUUAUGAGGAUUACGAUUAUGUUGAGAACAUCAACAGAUUUCAGUGUGAAAUUUGUACUAAGGAAAUCAACCCUGGAGAUGGAAUCGUUUUGAAGAAUUGCAUUCAUCAAUACUGCAAAGUUUGUUUAUCCAACUUCAUCGAAGCAAGUGAAGAAAUUGUUUUUGGUUGUCCAUAUCGUGAUGAUGAUGGCUUGAAGUGCAUUGGAGUCAUCACAGAUACUGAAAUGCGUUCACUUGUUUCACUUCAAGUCUACUUAAAAUACUUGGGAAGAUCCUUGGCAUUUGCUGAAACAACAAAUCCGAAUGCUUAUCAUUGCAAGACUCCGAAUUGUCCCUAUUGGGUGGAAAUUGAAGGAGAAAUUGAUAAUUUCCGAUGUGAUGCUUGUAAACGUGUAAAUUGUGUUCGGUGCAAAGCUGUUCACGAGGGUUCAACAUGUGAGGAUUAUCAGGAAGUUAUCAAUGGACCUGGUCGACGAGCUCAAGAAAACGCACACACUCAGAUGCAAAUUCAGAAUCUUCUUAGAACUCGAACUGCACAAAACUGUCCAAGAUGUGGUAUUUUGACUCAACGAAUCGAUGGAUGUCGUCACAUGACAUGCUUGACAUGUAAACACGAAUUUCAAUGGGAGGGAGUUUAAGUUCAUCAUUCAAAUUCUGACUAAUUCUUGAAAAUUUGUUCACAUCGCAUUGAUGCGAUAACAAAACAAAAAAUCUUAUUGAAUUAACAAAUAUUUUCACUUUUCUUAUUUCUUUUUUCUUGUAAACAUGUAAGAGAGAAGGAGAAAGAAUUCCUUCCAAUAACAAUGAAAUCCAAUAAAAAAAAUAAGAAUCAAAGAUUUCGUCAUUAUCUU